AUGGAGAGCUUUUACGAAAGCCUUAAUUGCAGACCGUUGGGCAGGCCCAGCGAUACAUCUCAGAACAAGCCGCCGCCGAGAGAGCCACAGUUCCGAGCGCCUCCUCCAGCGCGAAAAGUCCCGGAGCCAGAGCCAGAGCUAGAGCCGGAGCCAGAGCUAGAGCCGGAGCCGGAACCAGAGCCAGAGACCAGAGAGCCGCAGCAGAAACCGAAUAACACAGUCCUCUCGCCGCCGUCACCUCCAAGCAUUGCGCCUCUGCUGGCUGGCCUAUGGAAGAUUUGUGUGAGCGUCUGCGUCUCGGGUCCGUGGAAGAUUUGUGUCACCAUCUACGUCUGGGGUCCGUGGAUUUGUUACGGCGGUAUCGUCCUUUCCGCUCUCGCGCUUGUCGCCUGGUUCUUUCAAAAGCUUGGCCCCAUCAUCUUUUUCAUCGUCGAAAACGUGUCUUGGUUACUGGCGGUCAGCUCCGCCGCCGCCACCUGGACCUUCUCGGGACUCCCGGCGCUCCCGACGCUCCCGUCCCUGCCUAGUUUCCUCUCCUCUUCUCCCUCCUCAGCCCCCAAAACCAACGACCCGCCGGGAAUCCGCCUUACGGACAACUCGACGCGAGUGCUCCAGGUGCCCAUGGUCCUCGGGGUUGUGGUCUCCGGCACCGGGGUGAGCUUCGAGGUGUCCACGAGCCAUGCCACGUUCCUCAUCGACACGUUGUCCGACGAGCUGUUUGGGCAGGAAAAGCCCAUGCUCACCUUCGAAGUUCAGAAGGUCUCGGGCUCGUGGGGCUCUGCCCAGAACCAGUGGAUGGACACGAAGCGCACGUGGGAGGCGGAGAUGGCGGGCUUCUUCUUCAACGUCUCGUGGGAGUCGGACCAACUGGCUGCCCUCGCCGACAUGUGGGACAAGGCGGAUGAGCAGGCGGCCCGCGACAGCCUCGAGGAGGAUUCCGCGACAACGCCGGCCGCGAUCUUGCUAAAGGUUCGACGGUGGUUCCGCCACGCCGAACCCGGGAAGACCAGACCGCGGUCUGUCAAGGUGCAUCAGAGUGUCGGCCGGCUCCGCGGGGCUGUGGAGCGGCAGGUUGGCAUCAUCGCCUUGAUCCUCAGGGACCUGCAAGAGAUACACGGCCACAUGAGCGAGAGCCGGUCCAUAUCCUGCGGCGCAGGCAAUUUCCUUCAAUCGAGGCAGCAGACAGGGGAGACAACGGGCGUCAACGCUUUGAGCGAUGGUGUGUCUCUGAGCCAUGCGUCGGAUUCCAUGUAUGCCUUUUGCAAGAUCAUAGAGACUUGCCUCAUCGAGAUUGAUGCCCUCAUGUCCAAGGCCAGCGAGGACGUGGACCUCCUGCAGAAGGUUGGCUGGAGGCUGUCGAAGGGAUUGGGCAGCUUGGUCAUUUCCAUGGCCGCCAAGGAAGGCAGGCUUGUGCAGGAUGGCGACGAGCAUGCGGAAUCCGAAAGGCUCGUGCGGAACGACGUGGUGAAGAUGGUCCGGGAUGUCAAGGGCCAGAUUGCGGGCCACUUUGCGGUCCAGUACAACUUGUAG